AUUAUUAUCAUUCAUCAAGCAAUCAUACCUGUUGGCUGUUACUUCAAGUUCAUUAUGUAAAUACGUUUGUUUCUUUUUGAAUGUUACGUGAUUUAUAAUAUUAUAUUACAAUUUAUAUUUUAUCGACUUUUUGGAUAGAAAUUAUGUGUCUUUAGAAUUGUAUAUUUUAGUAUCAAGUAACAAAUCAUCAAGAUGAGUAAUUUUGAUCUUGAAAAAAUGGUUAGUACUGUUGACAAUUUAAGUACAUGUUUAGAUGUUAUGUUGUGUCUUAAAAAUCCCGAAGGUGGUAAAGAAAUUCUAGGUACUUACGAAAAACUAGAUAGUUUAGUUAUUUCAUUUGAUGAUCAAAUAAGUACAUUAAAGAAUGUGUUAAUCAAAGAAAAAAAUGCUCGUCAAACGUAUUUUCAAAAGCAAGUUGAUGAAUUAAAAAUGAUAGUAGAUAGAUGUGAACAUAUGAUUACUAAUAUUCCAUUGAAUUCAUUUCAUACUAAUGAACCAGAACACCUAUUCAAUCAAAAUGGAACGAAAGAUUUUAAAGUAAAUAUGAACAACAUGUCUAUGUCACCUGUAGCUAGUUCAUGGACUGAUAUGUAUUCUCCUACUGAGACUACUAUACAUCAAAAUACAAUGUCUAAUAAUACAAUGAUGAGUGCCAUAAUGGGACAUUCUAAAUUCCACACUUCAAAACAAAUACUUGACACUCCUCUUCUAAAGUUAGUUGACAAUGAUGAAAUGAAUUCUGUUCCUAAGUACAUGAAAGGGCGUUUAAAUUCAUUAAAUAUAAAUACUGUGAUUGACAGUAUUAAUAAAGCUUUAGAAAAUAAAUAUGAAAUUUUGCGAAAACCAAAAAGUUCACUUAAAAAAAAAGAUUUAGAUGCUUAUAAUGAUUGGAAAAUUCAACAAAGUACUGUUGGUCAAGGUCAAUAUUUUGUAACAGCUGAGGACAUAACAAAAUAUAGUGAAACAAAAGUAGACAAAACCACUUUGAACAUUAUUCCAAUCUUAAGACAUUUAAAGCGCCUAAAAGAGUCGAGGGUUGGUGGUUUUGUCUUUUAUUUGCCUUAUUAAGAUAAAAAAAAAAAGUGUUAUGUAAUUAGCUUAAUAUACAUGUUUAAUUGUUUUUAAUUAUUUUGCUUGUUCAAAUGUAUUAUUUAAAUAUUAUUUAUUAAGUUAUGUUAAAUCUCGAGUAUUUGGUAUUAAGGUAUUACUUACACUAAAAUACUUAUACUUAAAUUUAUUUUAAAUGUAAUUAUUUCAAAAUAUUAUUGUAAAUAGAAAAAAAAAAUG